AAAUAAGAGAGGUUGGAAAAGCAAAGCACUAAAAAGUUCAGGAGAAUCAGGGGAAGGUUCUUGGAAGAGGUGGCAGUUAAAUUGGAUUUCAAAGAAUAAGCUGGAGAAGAAAGACAUCCAAAAUGGGGGUGGUGGUGUUGGCAACAAGAUAGUUUGUGUGAAGUGCUUUAAAACAGUUGAGUGAGCAGUGGUGUACAGAAUUGAUAAUAUUUCUGGUCAGAUGAAGGGACAGAUUUGAAGGCCAGGGAGAAUCUUUUUGGUGGCAACUAUGAAGAGCCAGAGGGGAAAUAAUAUAAUCUAAGAAGCCUUAAGGUGGCCAAGGAGGCUGUAGACCAAAUGGCCGUUGAAGACUCUUGUUGGCAGGGCCAGCCGGGCUGCUAGUCUGAGCUGGCAGUGUUUGUGCCUUCAGAGCCACUUGCUUGUCCCAGCAGCAACCUUCUUCCUCUUCUCAGAAACUUCUCAGCUUCCUCAGCCUGCACUGUGUCCUUCUGACAUCACAGGCAGGUCUGGAAACCUCAUUCAUCCUUGGGUCUCUGGAACUCAUAAUCCUAAAAUGUCUUGCCUGGUCUGGAACGUCUUUUCUGUUUCCCCCAUCCAGGAAGUCCAAAGCCUAUCAAAUUAUCUUUCCCCAGAUCGAGAGUUAAUCAUCAGCUUCUUAUGUAAAUCAGAACAGGAAAGUCUUGCUUGGUCAAUUCGUUUGAGAAUAUUGUUCUGAUGCUGUUCUUCAGUAACUGCUGCCUCUGCCUGCCUAUUCAGCAUUUGCCUGUUAACAAGAAGCUCUUUCUGGCUCCCGACUGAAGCUCUCUGAGGCCAGCAGCAGCCGUCGAUAUUCACAGAGUGCAGGCAGGCAGCCAAAUGAGCGGGAAUUGGGUGCACCCAGGCCAGAUCCUAAUUUGGGCUAUCUGGGUCCUUGCAGCCUCCAGCAAGGGGCCUUCUGCUGAAGGGCCACAGAGGAACACCAGGCUGGGAUGGAUUCAGGGCAAGCAAGUCACUGUGCUGGGAAGCCCUGUGCCUGUGAACGUGUUCCUCGGAGUCCCCUUUGCUGCUCCCCCACUGGGAUCCCUGCGAUUUACGAACCCGCAGCCUGCAUCGCCCUGGGAUAACUUGCGAGAAGCUACCUCCUACCCUAAUUUGUGCCUCCAGAACUCAGAGUGGCUGCUCUUAGAUCAACAUAUGCUCAAGGUGCAUUACCCCAAAUUCGGAGUGUCAGAAGACUGCCUCUACCUGAACAUCUAUGCGCCUGCCCACGCCGAUGCAGGCUCCAAGCUCCCCGUCUUGGUGUGGUUCCCAGGGGGUGCCUUCAAGACUGGCUCAGCCUCCAUCUUUGAUGGGUCUGCCCUGGCUGCCUAUGAGGAUGUGCUGGUUGUGGUCAUCCAGUACCGGCUGGGAAUAUUUGGCUUCUUCACCACAUGGGAUCAGCACGCUCCAGGGAACUGGGCCUUCAAGGACCAGGUGGCUGCUCUGUCCUGGGUCCAGAAGAACAUCGAGUUCUUCGGUGGGGACCCCAGCUCUGUGACCAUCUUUGGCGAGUCCGCGGGAGCCAUAAGUGUUUCUAGUCUUAUACUGUCUCCCAUGGCCAAAGGCUUAUUCCACAAAGCCAUCAUGGAGAGUGGGGUGGCCAUCAUCCCUUACCUGAAGGCCCAUGAUUAUGAGAAGAGUGAGGACCUGCAGGUGGUUGCACAUUUCUGUGGUGACAAUGCAUCAGACUCUGAGGCCCUGCUGAGGUGCCUGAGGACAAAAUCCUCCAAGGAGCUGCUGACCCUCAGCCAGAAAACAAAGUCUUUCACUCAAGUGGUUGAUGGUGCUUUCUUUCCUAAUGAGCCUCUAGAUCUAUUGUCUCAGAAAGCAUUUAAAGCAAUUCCUUCCAUCAUCGGAGUCAAUAACCAUGAGUGUGGCUUCCUGCUGCCUAUGAAGGAGGCUCCUGAGAUCCUCAGUGGCUCCAACAAGUCCCUUGCCCUCCAUCUGAUACAAAACAUCCUGCACAUCCCGCCUCAGUAUUUGCACCUUGUGGCUAAUGAAUACUUCCAUGACAAGCACUCCCUGACUGAAAUCCGAGACAGUCUUCUGGACUUGCUUGGAGAUGUGCUCUUUGUGGUGCCUGCACUGAUCACAGCUCGAUAUCACAGAGAUGCUGGUGCACCUGUCUACUUCUAUGAGUUUCGGCACCGGCCUCAGUGCUUUGAAGACACGAAGCCAGCUUUUGUCAAAGCCGACCACGGUGAUGAAGUCCGCUUUGUGUUCGGUGGUGCCUUCCUGAAGGGUGACAUUGUUAUGUUCGAAGGAGCCGUGGAGAAGGAGAAGUUACUGAGCCGGAAGAUGAUGAAAUACUGGGCUACCUUUGCUCGAACCGGGCAUCCUAAUGGAGACGACCUGUUUCUGUGGCCAGCCUAUAAUCUGACCGAGCAGUAUCUGCAGCUGGACUUGAGCGUCGGACAGAGACUCAAAGAACCGCGGGUGGAGUUUUGGACCAGCACCAUCCCCCUGAUCCUGUCUGCCUCCGACACGCUCCACAGUCCUCUUUCUUCCUUAACUUUCCUCUCUCUCCUCCAGCCUUUCUUUUUCUCUUGUGCUCCUUGAGAAGUUACCGUUCUGUGAUUUUGCUUUCCCUUCUCCUCCUACAAUUUCUCCGGCAAUCAUUAGCUUCUUUCUGAGCUCAGCUGCUUUCUAUGGGGAACUUCGCAGAACAAGCUGCUUUCGCUGAUAUUUUAUGGACUUAAGAAUGAUCCUUACGGAAUUCUUUUCAACAUCAAAAAGUGCAAUUUGUCUUGGAAGGCAACAAGAUUUCUUCAAUAAAUUUGAAGGAGGGCUGGC